AGAGCGCUGUUAACUUUUUCAUUCAUUUAAAUUGUUAUCUUGCAAAGCAGCUCUCUAAGUAAAAUGUUACGUCUCAUUAUAAUUUUUAAUCUUUCCGUGCAGUGUUUACGAAAAAUAAAAAAAAACCGAUAAUAAUAUUGAAUUAUUAAAAAAUUAUGGCCCUACCUGUAAAAUUAUUUACAGCUUCACGCAAUGGCCAACGUUGGUUUGCUACCGGAACUCGUUUAAUGGAUUCGCACGGCAAAGGAAAGGAUAUUGUUGAGGUACCCAAGGGCUAUAUAUAUAUGUAAACAAUAAAGAGAAGUAUGGAAUCCAAGGAUUUAACGGAUAGAGCAGCAAGUACUGUCACAUUGGCUCACAACUUUAAAGAGCCGGCAACUAUUAAUUAUCCUUUGGAAAAGGGACCUUUGUCACGACGUUUCCAUGGCGAACAUGCUUUGCGCCGUUAUCCCAGCGGUGAGGAACGUUGCAUCGCUUGUAAAUUAUGUGAAGCCAUAUGUCCGGCACAGGCUAUAACUAUAGAAGCUGAGGAGCGAGCUGAUGGAAGUCGUCGUACCACACGCUAUGAUAUUGAUAUGACCAAGUGCAUCUAUUGCGGCUUUUGCCAAGAAACAUGUCCUGUAGACGCUAUGGUACGAGGUCCGAAUUUUGAAUUCUCUACGGAAACACAUGAAGAGCUAUUGUACAAUAAAGAGAAGUUGCUCAACAACGGUGACAAGUGGGAAUCUGAAAUAGCCUCCAAUUUGCAAGCUGAUCAUUUGUAUCGCUAAAGAGUUUUAUUGUUUCUUUACGACUGCAAGAUGUGCGUUGUAAUUUAAAUAAAUGUUAAAUUCAAAAUUA